GAACUCUAGUCGGUCGCCAAACGCUUCUAAAAUCCGACAAAUUUCUCGCAUUCUCUAUUUUUGGAUCCUCGUUUCAAACCCAGAGCUUUUACUCUUUGCCAUAUUGCAUUCUCAUGAGUAAAUAUUUUACUACUACAGGAAGGCACAGAGAGAAAAGGGGAAAGUGAUUUUCUCGCAUCUAAAUUUGCGUAAAUGCGACGAUUAAUUCAAAAACUCACUGUGAAGAGGAUGAGAAACUGAUUUUUCUCUUGUUUCCGAUUGAAUUUCGCUCCGGACCUUGGCCUGUAAAGGAGCCCCGACUAUCUUUUCUGGGUCCGGAGAUUUAGGGUUUUUUCAUUGCAUGUUACAAUUCAAAGCUCGGAUACAUUCGAUAUGCAUAAUUUCUUUAGGGUUUAGAUUUCUCUGUAAAAAGUGCCAUGGACGGGCGGAGAAUAACGGCAAGCCCCAGGCCGUGCUGUGGCCGGCGAGUGGUCGCGAAGAAGCGGCCGCGCGGUGGUUUAGAUGGUUUUGUUAAUAGCGUGAAGAAGCUGCAGAGAAGGGAGAUUUCCUCGAAGCGUGAUCGUGCUUUUAGCAUGAGCGAUGCUCAGGAGCGAUUCCGCAACAUUAGCUUGCAGGAGGAGUAUGAUACUCAUGAUCCCAAGGGAUAUUGUUCUUUGUCAUUACCGUUUCUUAAGAAGAGGUCAAAAAUUAUUGAGAUAGUUGCUGCCCGUGAUAUUGUCUUUGCACUUGCCCAAUCUGGUGUGUGUGCAGCAUUUAGUCGAGAGACUAACGAGAGGAUAUGCUUCUUGAAUGUUUGUCCUGAUGAAGUCAUUCGGAGCUUAUUCUACAACAAAAAUAAUGAUUCACUAAUUACUGUUUCUGUCUAUGCUUCGGAUAAUUUUAGUUCCUUAAAAUGCAGAACAACACGGAUAGAAUACAUACGAAGGGGCAAACCUGAUGCUGGUUUCCCUCUUUUUGAGUCCGAGUCAUUGAAGUGGCCUGGUUUUGUCGAGUUUGAUGAUGUGAAUGGAAAGGUUCUUACCUACUCUGCACAAGACAGCAUAUACAAGGUUUUUGACUUGAAAAACUACACGAUGUUGUACUCGAUUUCAGAUAAAAAUGUUCAGGAGAUCAAGAUCAGUCCAGGAAUCAUGCUUUUGAUAUUCACAAAAACCCAAGGCGCCGUCCCCUUGAAGAUUCUCUCAAUUGAAGAUGGGACUGUUUUGAAAUCGUUUAACCAUCUUCUUCAUAGAAACAAGAAGGUUGAUUUCAUCGAGCAGUUCAAUGAGAAGCUUCUAGUCAAGCAAGAGAAUGAGAAUCUCCAGAUUGUUGAUGUUCGCAAUGUUGAGAUAACAGAAGUUAGCCGGACCGAGUUCAUGACCCCUUCUGCAUUCAUAUUUCUGUAUGAGAACCAAUUAUUCCUGACUUUCAGAAACCGAACAGUUGCUGUCUGGAACUUCAGAGGGGAACUUGUGACCUCAUUUGAGGAUCACCUUUUAUGGCAUCCUGAUUGCAACACUAACAACAUAUAUAUCACAAGUGAUCAGGAUCUCAUCAUUUCGUAUUGCAAAGCAGAUUCUGAUGAACCAUUGUCUGAUGGCAUAGCGGGUUCUAUCAACAUCAGCAAUAUCUUAACUGGUAAGUGCUUGGCAAAAAUAAAAGCAAGCAACAGUCUUCCGAUGAACGAAUGCAACUGCAGUGCAGGUUGUGGGGGGAAGAAGUGCAACUCAAGGAAGCGCAUCCAAGCUUCUAGAAUCAGCACCGUUGCUGAGGCCUUGGAAGAUAUCACUGCCCUCUUCUAUGAUGAGGACCGCAACGAAAUAUACACUGGAAAUAGGCAUGGUCUUGUUCAUGUGUGGUCCAACUAAAGGGGUGGCAAGUUGGCCCCCAUUUCUUAUGGAAUGCUAAAUGAUUAGUCUUCCCAAUAACUUGUUUUGAGUUUGUGCUUUUCUGACCUCCAUGAAGGGGGGUUGUCCAUGUGAACUAUCAUGAUCAUGAUGCUCUUUUAAUAUGUGGACGCAUGUAUUUGUCAAUUUACUCAAUGGCGUUUUGGACCUAACUAAAGUUUGAGUAGCAUUUUGUGUGUAGAUGUAAGAGUCAGGGUAAGAACAGUGCUUGUUCUGCAAGAUAAUCUGGUUUCUCGGUAAAUUGCCUGUCUUUGUUUCUGAA